GAAAAGAUAGGAAGUCUGAGUGCUUAAAGGUGAAUCUGUGAAUUUGUGAUCGAAUUUCAUAAUCUGAUAAUCACUUUCUUCUUACUAAACAAUCGCAUCUGCAAUCAUAAAACAAAGUGUACCAAAAUGAGUCUCGUUUGGAGCUUGAUCGCUUCGUUCCUGUAUGUGGAAAUAUUCAUCGUGUUGAUGCUGGUGCUGCCAGUGGCCAGCCCCCAGCGAUGGCAACGAUUUUUCAAGUCUCGCUUCCUGGCGAUGCUGAGCAGCCAAGCCCAGACCUAUUUUUAUCUGCUGCUGUUUGUGCUUGUUCUGUUCCUGCUGGAAGCCAUCCGGGAGAUGAGAAAAUACUCGCACGUCGGUGAGUUUCAUGGGACUGGAGAUCCAGCCGCUGAACAACACCUGAACGUAGGCAUGCAGCACAGUAUGCGGUUGUUCCGUGCUCAGCGUAAUUUUUACAUUUCCGGCUUUGCUAUCUUCCUCUCGCUGGUAAUCCGUCGUUUGAUCUCACUGAUCACCACCCAAGCUCAACUGCUAGCCCAAUCGGAAGCUUCGCUGAAACAGGCUCAGAGUGCCACCGCUGCUGCUCGUAGUCUAAUGUCCCAGCAGAAAAAGGAAGACGAAGCCGGAGAUAAGCCUAAACCAACGGCACCGUCGGCUGAUGAAGUUUCUGCUGACGACCUGAAGAAGCGCGUUGCCGAACUUGAAAGUGAACUGACACGCGAGCGCAAAGAUAAGGAAGCAAUGAAAUCACAGUCGGAAAGCCUUAACCGCGAGUACGACCGACUGACUGAGGAGUACAGCAAGCUGCAGAAGCGGAUUACCAUCUCCAACGCCGACAAAAGUGACUAAGUUUGGUAACUGCAGGUUUCUUGAAAUGUCCAUGUGUUUCCCUUAUAUUAUUUCAUCUUAAAACUUAGGUUUGUAGGGUUCAUCCAAUGUAGUCUACUACAUUUUCAGUUCAUUAAACCGACAUUAUUAACAUUUACCCACGUUGGUUCCAUUUCCGAAAUAACAUCUAAACAAGCUUAUUUCACAGGACACGAUGUUAGGCUCAUUAUUUAAAAAAAAGUACAUAGAAAGACUAUUCUUAAGAAUAAUCACCCUAGGGACUGUGUAAAAGAAGUCUUUUUUCUUAUUGAAGUGUGGAUAAGAUUGACCAAACAUCCUGUCGUGACUAAUAAAAGAGGUAUACAGGAAUUCCUCGAAAUAACGUAGGUAACCGUACACUUCCAUAAAAGCAUACAAAUCAACAUUAUAAAUACAUGGGGGAUUGUCUCCUUUGUCCGAUGUUAGUGCUAGUUGAAUGGUCGUUAGCGAAAAAUCGACGAAGGAAGUGAAAAAAGUCAGUUACGUUAUAUCGAGGAAUAAACGUUCUACAUAAUCGCAUCGGUCGAAGAAUUCUUCAAAUGAAUGUAAUGAGGAGUUUUAACGUUUAGGAAUUAAUAAAUA